CUUGGCACGCCGAACACAAAUCCACCACAAUGUAGAGUAGCUUGGCCAUGGCAGCUGCGGUCUUCCAUAGUGCCCGCGACUUCCGUGCUUGGUUGGAGCGUGGCGAAGGGGAUGGGGAAGAGGUCUUCACGGAUGCCAAGCUCCGCCAGAGGCUUGGAGAUCCCUUGGGCACCUUCGAGGCGCCGGUGGUGUCCGAUGCGGAGGUUCUGCCUUCAGAGGCGAAGGCUCUAGCCGAAAAGGCUGCGCCGCUGCUGGGCAUAGGCGCUAGCACGGCAGAGGAUUUGUUGCGGCUCUGGGCACGAAACCGACUGGCGCCACUGCCGGUCUUGCACUACGAGGGUGCGAUCUAUGAGCUCGUGGACUUGAACCUCUCAGGAGUCUUGCCAUUGCUCGUCGACUUGUUGCACUCCGAGCGUUGUGAGGCUUUACAGGCCCUGGCCGUAGUGCUGCGCGGUGCACAUGAUGACAGCCACCCCUUUGCUGCGCAAUGUCGGGAGCUCUCUGAGAAGCUUCUGGGAGAUAACCUGGAGAAGAAGCUUUGGGAUUUGUAUGUCAAGGUCUCAGGCUGUCCACGCUUCUCCUCGUCGCCCGAACAUGGGGAGGUCGAGACUGUGGUGAAGCAGGGGCUGGAGUUGCAGCUCUGUGUGCUGGAGUGCUUGUUGCUUGCAGCAUACGACCCUCAAAUCAGCAGGAGAGAUCCUGAACAGAUCUGUCGCAUAGCAGAGGAAUGCUACCGACAGCGUUUCCUGGGAAGUCUGCCGCGGGCGGCGCAUUUGCAUCACUGGCUUCUGGGCGAUGCGGAGAUUUGUAGUCAGGCGCAGUGUGUGGGCGAUCUCUGCCUUGCGCUACUCAUCGAGCACUUGGAUCUCGAAACGCUGGAGGCCAUGCCAUCUCGGCAUGUCUUGGUUUCCAGCCCAGAGCACGUGAAGCACUUGCACAAGCUGAUAGAGAGUUGGCUGGAGAUCUGUCGCCACACCUUGGUCCCGUCCGAGUCCACGGCGGCCUUGGCCCACUGCGGGCGGCAUGUGGCCUUAGUCGUGCUCGCCUGGGCCGUACUCUUGGGCUGUGUGCCAGAGAGCUUUCGCGAGGCGCAUGGCCUGGGCUUGAAACGCAUCUUGAGCAGUGUGGUCUUCCAAUCGGAGAUCCUCCAUGAUGCCGUCUGCAGCAUCCAGGACCGCGGCUUCCUCAUGUGCGACAGUCGAAAUGCACAGCAUUUGGCUGCACGGUCUGUGGCGAGGGGUCUGGUUGCGAUGGUGGCACAGGCGUUUCGACUAGACGGCCCCAUGGCAUCAAUCCACCUGGCCAUGUCCAAGUUGGGGGCCAUGGCCUUUGCGGACUCCUCUGCAUGCUUGGAGUUUUGGAGGUCUGACUAUCCCAAGCGUCAAGGGAUCUUCUUGGUUCUUCAUGGCUGGCUUAUGGGCUUCCCAAGGAACCUGUCGGCCCUCCUGGAGCUUCUCUGUGGCCUCAGUGAAGGACAUGGCAGCUUGUACGUGGCAGAGCUACUCAAGGCAUCCUUGAAUGUGAUCCAGCUCCCUUACCGGCUGUUGCGCGAUGUCACAGAGUUCGAGGAUUGCCCAGGCUCCAGUACUGGGGCUCCCUCGCCUACUCUACAACUACUUGAACCGGCCUAUGUGGAGGAGCUUGCACUGCGAGUGCUGGGUCUGGAGCUGCUGGAGAGCCACGUGUCUAGCUGUGCGAUCUUGCCCACGGGUGCACGAGGGAUCUUGCAGCAAGACAGGCCGGCAGAUCCGGAGCGUAGCCCUCGCUCUUCCCAGGCACAUCUGGUUCAGUGGAGCCUCGGGGACCAACAUGUGUCCCUGUGGCGUAUCUCCGUGUGUGCCUGGGAUGCGAUCUUGAGCUCGGGGCCCCACGACGCUGCGCCCUGCGGGACUGCAUCGGUGUCCCUUUUCGACGCGAGAAGACGGCCACGUUUGGAUGCCACAGUUGAUUUGAGACUCAUCAUUUGCUACGAACUAGUAACUAGUAGCUUCUUGUUACGUUCGUAGCGAUGGCCUCCAACCCUCUUGCGAUGGCCUCCACCGAGCAGAGCGUCCGAACGCUACUAGUCGCAGAAAUCCGAUAUGGGAAACAUUUCUGGGGUCAACUUAUUUAAGCUUUAUUGUGGCGGAUCCUUGUCGCACCUACCUUCACUAUCACAUAUCAGCGAGGAAAAGAGCUGGCUGCAUCAAUGCCCUGAAUACAA